CCUCUAGAAUUUUCGCGAGCUGUUUACGCGUAUAAAACUAUUAAUUAAAAAUAAAAUAAAACUUGAUGAUAUUUAAAAAAAAAAAUUAUUGUAUUAAAUUCUACAUAUUUCAAAGAUUAAUAAUUGAUAUGAUAAUAUUUUUUUGAUAUCGUAUUUAUAUUUUUUUUCAGAGUUCGAAAUUUCUCGAAAAUUCAGUGUUUACAAUAUUGUUCGCGAUUAUUCGCGAUUGCGACUGAUCGAUGUAGUUGUGUGUGUAAGGCGAGUAUAAAUACACGGGAUAAUUCCAGCUGAGGCAUCAGUCGAAUCAAAGCAAGCAAAACAUUCACAAAUAAAAAAACAAACAAACAAACCGGUGUUACCACCUAAACAAUAACAACAAAUAAAAAAAGUGUUUAAUUGAGUUGAAUUAUAAGAAAAAGUGUAAAAUUAAUUAAACAGAUUAAAACAAAGUCUACGUUAUAAAAAGUUUGAUAAAUCUUCAAUACAUUUUGUUAAAAGAAGAAAGUUGAUUAAUAAACAAAUCAAGAUGUCUUUAGUACCAAUGUUAUUCUCCAACUGGUGGGAAGAUUUGGAUCAUCCUCAUCAUGUUUUUGACCAAGAUUUUGGUGUUGGAUUGAGCCAUGAUCAAUUGUUGACACCACAAUUGCUCCAGGCUUAUAUGUCACCAGCUGAACGACGUCUUCUUGCCCGUCCAUUUGUUAAUUACGCACGUCCAUGGGCUGAACUUCUUCGCAAUGCUGAAUCAGCAACAUCAACAGUCAAACCAGACAAGGACAAGUUCCAAGUUAUUCUUGAUGUUCAACAAUUUAAGCCUGAAGAGAUUGAUGUCAAGGUCAAAGAUAAAUUCGUCACUGUUGAAGCUAAACAUGAAGAAAAACAAGAUGAACAUGGCUGGAUUUCACGUCAAUUCCAACGUAAAUAUUUGAUUCCAGAACAGUGUGAUCUUGCCAAGGUCAACUCAUCAUUGUCAUCAGAUGGUGUACUUACAAUAACUGUACCAAGAAAACCAGAAAAAGCCAUUGAAAAUGAGAGAAGCAUCAAGAUUGAACACACUGGUAAACCAGCCAUUCGUGAAGAUGAUAAAAAAGCCAUCAAACAACAAAAAGAACAAACAAAUGGUCCCAAAAAAUAAGUUGUUUAAUUGUUUAAAAAAAACAACA